AUGGCACCAAGAACAGCAAUCAUCACAUAUUCGUUGUACCACCACAUAGCCGCCCUUGCUGAGCUGGCCAAGGCGGGAAUUGAGUCUGCUGGAGGCUCGGCAAAGCUUUUUCAAGUUGAAGAAACUCUUCCAGAAUCUCUUUUGAAAAAGUUGAAUGCUCCUCCAAGACCCAACUUUGAAACAGCAACUGUAGAUACAUUAAAGGAGUACGAUGCAUUUUUGUUUGGAAUUCCCACCAGAUAUGGUAACUUUCCUUCGCAAUUCAAGAACUUUUGGGACCAAACAGGAGCAUUGUGGGCCAACGGUGAGUUGAUUGGUAAACCGGCUGGUGUGUUCGUUUCCACUGGAACUUUGGGAGGAGGUCAAGAAACGACGGUCAUUAGUACUUUGUCGACUUUGGUGCACCACGGAAUGGUCUACGUGCCAUUGGGUUAUAGAUCUCCAUUGAUGGCAUCAAUGGACGAAAUCCAUGGUGGUUCCCCAUGGGGAGCAGGAACGUUUGCGGGCUCUGAUGGUUCUAGAAAAGUGACUGAUCUUGAGCUUGAAGUCGCAAAGAUCCAGGGUCUGUCGUUCUUCGAGACCAUCAAAAAGAUGAAGGGCUAG